GCAAGUAAUUGCGUGCACAACUGAUCCUUCCUUGUUAAAAACUAAUUUGUAUCCUGAAGAUGUGAAACAGAAGGCUUUGAGUUUGUUGGGUGCUUGUGGAGGAGGGAGUGUUGGUGCCUACACUCAAAGCAACGGAAUCGAACUUAUCAGAAAACACAUUGCCCAAUUCAUUGAGAGACGUGAUAAAAUUCCUUGUGAUCCUGACAGUAUUUGCAUUUCUGGCGGUGCUUCAGAGGCUAUUAGGAAUGUCCUCAAAUUAUUUAUUCAUCACGAUUCAUCAAAAAAGAAGGCAGGAAUAAUGGUUCCAAUACCUCAAUAUCCUCUUUAUUCUGCUUCAAUUGAAGAAUUCAAUCUUGGACAAGUUGGAUAUUUUUUGGAAGAAGAAAAGAAUUGGGCUUUGGAUUUGCAAGAAUUGGAACGUUCAUUAAAAGAGCACCAAACAAAAUUUGACGUCAAAGUAAUUGUAGUAAUUAAUCCUGGCAAUCCAACUGGACAAGUUUUAACAAAAGAAAAUAUUGAAAAUAUAAUUAAAUUUGCUUACAAAAAUAAUUUGUUUAUUUUUGCUGAUGAGGUUUAUCAAGAAAAUGUUUAUGCAGAAGGAGCCAAAUUUUACAGUUUUAGAAAAAUUAUGAAAGAAAUGGGAAGUCCAUAUGAUAAAUUGGAGCUGGCUAGUUUUUAUUCGUGCUCAAAGGGUUAUAUGGGAGAAUGUGGUUUGCGUGGUGGUUAUGUACAAUUUGACAAUUUUGAUCCCCAAGUUUAUGUCCAUUUUAAAAAGAUGAUUUCUGCAAAGCUUUGUUCAACUGUGCUGGGACAGAUAGCAAUGGAUUGUAUUGUUGAUCAUCCACAACCUGGUGAUCCGUCAUAUAAUCUUUGGUUUGAGGAGAAGAACGCAGUUUUGUCUUCUUUAAAUCAACGUGCCAAAUUAGUAACUGAAUCUUAUAAUAAAAUUGAAGGUGUUCAUUGUCAACAAGUCCAAGGAGCAAUGUAUGCCUUUCCUAAAAUUUGCCUUCCUGAAAAAGCAAUAAAAGAAGCUCAAUUACUUGGAGAACAACCAGAUUUUUUCUAUGCAAAAAAAUUAUUGGAGGAAACUGGGAUUUGUAUUGUUCCCGGAUCUGGCUUUGGUCAACGUCCCAAUACUUGGCAUUUUCGAACUACAAUAUUACCCCAAAUUGAAUUAUUUAAUGAAAUGCUGGUUCGGUUCAAAACUUUUCAUGAACGUUUUUUGGCUAGGUAA